UGGAGCUCUCAGAGAACAAACAGAGUCUGCCGUGGGACUCGGCCGAGCACUUCUCAGCCUCUGAGCGCUGGCGCUUCACAUUUGGGACGGAAACUCUUGAUGAAAACUUGAAUAUGGACUACACAGCGCUGCUGCUGAGCCUGCUGCUGCUCAACCUCAGUGGAGCAAUUUGUGCUGUGGUGCAAUGGACAGAAUUAAAUGAAGCAAAGGCCUAUUUGAGGCAGUAUGGCUACUUGAAUGACCCCGCUGAUCCACAAGACCCUCAUUACCUGGAGGAGAUCAUUGAAGCUCUCAGGGUUUUCCAGACGGUCAAUGAUCUGCCACCUACUGGAGAAUUAGAUGAAGCUACUAUGGAUGUGAUGAGACAGCCCCGCUGUGGCUUGGAGGACUCCUUCAACAAGAAAUUUCAUAAAUACAGAGUAAUGGCAGGUCGUUGGAGAAAGAGGAGUCUGACCUAUCGCAUCUACAACUACACACCGGACAUGAAGAAGACAGAUGUCACGAGGGCCAUAACCUCGGCCUUCAAGUACUGGAGUGAUGUGACUGCUUUGACCUUCAGAGAGGUCCACUAUGGCAGAGGAGACAUAAGGAUCUCCUUCCAUAAGAGAGAUGGCUACUGCCCUGUCCCAUUUGAUGGCCGUGGUCAUGUACUGGCUCAUGCUGAGUCACCAGAAUCUGGUAUUGUCCAUUUUGAUGAGGAUGAGUUCUGGACUGAGGGAUCAUAUUAUGGUACUAAUCUGCGUAUUGUAGCUGCCCAUGAAAUCGGCCACGCUCUGGGCCUGGGUCACUCUCAGUUCAAAAGCGCUCUGAUGGCGCCUGUCUACUCUGGUUACCGUGCCAACUUCAGGCUGCAUUCAGAUGACAUCAGAGGCAUUCAGGCGCUAUACGGCAAACGCAUUACCAGCACUUUAGCCAGUCCAACAACUGCAGACAGUUUGUUUUCCACAGUGAGCAGCCACAAUACUGAGAGCAUCCCUGACCCCUGCACUGCCACACUGGACGCCAUCAUGUUGGGUCCAUGGAGGAAAACCUUUGCCUUCAGUGGUGAUUAUGUGUGGACCAUCUCUGAUCUGGGACACAACACGCCAAUGAAGAUUGACAGGCUGUGGAGGGAACUCCCUGGAAACCUGAACGCUGCUGUACACUCUCAAAGAACCAACAAGACAUACUUUUUUAAAGGCAAUAAAGUGUGGAAGUAUACCAACUUCGUGCUGGACUAUGGCUACCCCAAACAGGUCAAACGGAUCCCUCCUAAUAUCGAUGCCGCCUUGUACCUGGAGAAGAACAAGAAGCUGGUCUUCAUCAAGGGUUCAGAACACUGGCAGUGGGAUGAGCUGAAGUACACCGACUUAAGUCUCUACCCCAAACCGCUGUCUAUGCUCUUCAGCGGAGUGCCAUCUAGUCCAGAUGCAGCCUUCACCUGGACCAACGGCAAGAUCUUCUUCUUUAAGGGCGACGACUACUGGCGCUUGAAUGAGAUACUGAGAGUGGACAGAGGAUACCCACUGAGCAAGAAGGAGCGCUGGAUGCGAUGCUAAGGCUCGACCAUCAGGGGGCAGCAGGUACCAAGAGGUCUACGACAGGGGUGCUGGUUCUACUCCGGGGGCAUUGACAACCAGGCAACCUCAACAGCAGUGAUUGUGUGUCUUAUCAUCUACCACGUUGAAAGAAAACCUAGUGUGGGAAUUGAUAUUACUUUACUGGAUCUGAUUUAACCAAGCUACUCCUGCCCGCCGCAGCAGGCAACAUUUUUGUGAGGCUUAGUUCUUGAGCACAAAUGUGUGUUUUUGUGACUGCGAGGAUUAUGUAAGCAUUUAUAUGAUCUCAGGGAGAAAUCAAGGGAGGCCUUCUGUUUUUCUCUCUAACAUAUGUGUUGGAUUAUGUGUCUUAAUACUUGCAGCAAGAUGUAAUAUGAUAAAGGGAGUGUGCACUUUCUGUUCAGACAUUUUGUUCAACCAGUCAUCUUUUCAUAUAUGUUUAACCAGUCGCCUUUCCUUUAAUGCUACUAAACAUGUCAAUUAUGUCAUGAACCACACUCGUCUGUGAGAAAUAAUGUCUGUGUCCUGACUCUCUUAUGUGGAAAUGUAGCAUUUUCUACAAUUAAACAAGACAUGAUUUUGCC